AUGUCAUCAAAACCUGAUACCACUCCGGAAAGUUCUGGUCCUCAUGAACAACAACAUGAAUGGCAGAAUUCUCCCACAGACAAAAAAGCUCACGAUGAAGCGCCCAAGAUCAAGAAACAUAACGAACUAAAUAGUGCGGACAAGUCAAGAAGAAAUAGUGCAUAUGGUUAUUAUAGCCCUCGUUCGCUUUCCAUGGCCAAAAGCAGAGAAAAUAUUGCUUCAAAUGGCAUGGAUGAUACAAACGUUCCCAACGUAGAAUAUCCAAGACCUGCGGAGCCGAAAAUGAAAAGGGGUCCAUAUUUGUUGAAGAAAACAUUGAGUAGUCUUUCGAUGACCAGCGUUAAUAGCAAUCACGAUGAUAAUAGAGACCAUGGUUACACUUUGAAUUCCUCCAAGACCCACAACUACCCAUCCUCUCACGGUCAUCACGACCCGCAACAUGAUCACCAUCAUGUGCAGUUUUUCCCCAACAGAAAGCAGUCAUUUGCUGAGAGCUUAUUUAAGAGAUUUGCAGGAUCAAAUAGCCACGAAAGUAGUAAGGCAGCAAAGGAAAAUAAAGCUGCGAACUUAUCACUUUCGACAGCGAAUCCUGCGCCUGUCAAUAGGAAACCUUCCAAGGACCUUGCUGUAUCUAAUCACUUGGCGGACAAUGUGCCGAACGCUCUAAGAAGGAAAGUUUCCUCUUUGGUUCGUGGAUCUUCUGUCCAUGAUGUAAAUAGUAAUGCAGAAAAACAAAACAGGCCAAAGGUUGUUUCACAACCGGAAAACACAUUGCAUUCAUCCGAUGUUCCCAAUAGCAAGCGUUCACACAGAAAGAGUUUUCUACUAAGUUCUACAUCUCCUUCAAGCAGUAGAAGGGGUUCCAAUGUCAGUUCAAUGACAAAUAGUGACAAUGCAAGUAUGGCAACAUCGGGAAGCCAUGCUCUUCAUCAUAACACAUCCAAUGUAUCGCCGACUACUAAAAGCAAAGAAAGCGUUAACAGCGAGUCUGCUGAUCGCACGAAUAGUAAUAAAGCAGCUCCGCGGCCUAAUGAGAACAUUCCAGAAAAUCCAAAUUUUGAAGACAAACGCGACGCCGUGACACCUACGAUAGAAAACCCCAUUGCAUGUAAGCCAUCCCUCUUUAGGUUAGAUACCAACCUUGAGGAUGUGACUGAUAUCACAAAAACUGUACCUCCCACGGCCGUCAAUUCUACAAUAAACUCUACUCAUGGCACUGAAACAGCCUCACCUAAGACGGUAGCCAUGCCGCAGGGGCCAAGAAAAUCGGUCUCUAUGGCUGAUAUUGCUGUGGCUACCGCUGCCCCUAUUGCUGAAUUUACCUCAACUUCAAAUGAUAAAUCACAAUGGGUAGCACCCCAGAGUUGGGAUGUGGAAACCAAGAGAAAGAAACCAAAAACUAAGGGGAGAUCAAAAUCAAGAAGAACAAGCAUAGAUGCUGACGCACUUGAUCCGAUGUCACCGGCACCGCUGUCGAAAAAAGACUCUCGUUAUCAUAAAAGCCGCCACCACCGUCACCAUCGUGGCCGAAAGGAUAACGAAUCGACGGUGACUGCGGAAGAUAGCAAUUCAAGCUUCGUCGAUGUAUCUAAAGAAAAUAUUCCAAAUCAAGGUAGGCCUGCGGCGGAUCCCAAAUCUGUGAACCGGUUAAGAAGUAAUCUGACCAUGAGUCCCCCAAGCAUACGGUAUGCCCCGUCAAAUUUAGAUGGGGACUACGACACUUCUUCCACUUCCUCAUCGUUGACGUCCUCAUCAAUUACUUCGGAAGAUACUUCCUCAUGCAGUGAUUCCUCUUCUUACACUAAUGCCUAUAUGGAAGCUAAUAGAGAGCAGGAUACUAAAACGCUGACUUUGAAUAAAACAAAAUCAUAUACCAAAAAAUUUACAUCCUCUUCAGUAAACAUGAAUUCACCAGAUGGAGGUCAGAGUAAUUCGGGAUUAUUACUUCAAGACGAAAAGGAUGACGAAGUUGAGUGUCAACUGGAACAUUACUAUAAGGAUUUCAGCGAUUUAGACCCAAAGAGGCAUUAUGCAAUUCGUAUUUUCAAUACUGACGACACUUUUACUACUCUGUCAUGUACACCGGCGACUACUGUUGAAGAGGUGAUUCCCGCGCUGAAGAGAAAGUUUAACAUUACUGCGCAAGGUAAUUUCCAAAUCUCGUUGAAAGUGGGAAAAUUGUCCAAGAUUCUAAGGCCAACUUCCAAACCAAUUUUGAUUGAAAGAAAACUCUUACUUUUAAAUGGCUAUGGGAAGUCAGACCCACUUCAUAUUAUGGGUAUUGAAGAUCUAAGUUUUGUUUUCAAAUUUCUUUUCCAUCCUGUCACGCCUUCUCACUUUACACCGGAACAGGAGCAAAGAAUAAUGAGAAGUGAAUUUGUUCACGUUGAUUUAAGAAAUAUGGACCUAACCACACCCCCCAUCAUUUUUUACCAACACACAUCGGAAAUAGAGAGCUUAGACGUUUCCAACAAUGCAAACAUAUUUUUACCGCUGGAGUUUAUUGAGAGCUCAAUAAAAUUACUAAGUUUAAGAAUGGUCAAUAUAAGAGCAUCUAAAUUUCCUUCCAAUAUUACAGAGGCAUAUAAGCUAGUAUCUCUGGAAUUACAGAGAAACUUUAUAAGAAAAGUGCCAAACUCAAUCAUGAAAUUGAAUAAUUUAACAAUAUUGAAUCUUCAAUGUAAUGAGCUCGAAAAUUUACCAGCUGGAUUCGUCGAGCUAAAGAAUUUGCAAUUGUUAGAUUUGUCUUCAAACAAGUUCAUGCACUACCCAGAGGUAAUUAACCAUUGUACCAAUCUUUUGCAAAUAGAUCUAUCAUAUAAUAAAAUUCAAAGUUUACCACAGUCCAGUAAACAGCUAGUUAAGCUUGCAAAGAUGAAUCUUUCUCAUAAUAAACUGAAUUUUAUAGGCGAUUUAUCGGAAAUGACCAACUUAAGAACUUUGAACUUAAGAUAUAACAGAAUAUCAUCGAUCAAAACCAAUGCAUAUAGUUUGCAAAACCUUUUUUUGACAGAUAAUAGAAUAUCUAACUUUGACGACACUUUGCCCAAGUUAAGAGCCUUAGAAAUUCAGGAAAAUCCGAUUACCUCUAUAUCUUUCAAAGAUUUUUACCCUAAAAAUAUGACAAGUUUGACAUUAAACAAGGCUCAGUUGUCGAGUAUUCCUGGAGAACUGCUCACCAAACUAUCUUUUCUUGAAAAACUAGAGCUGAAUCAGAAUAAUUUAACUAGAAUACCGGAAGAAAUUUCGACUUUGACUAAACUGGUCUUCUUUUCCGUGGCGAGAAACAAAUUGGAGUACAUUCCGCCUGAACUAUCUCAACUCAAGAGUUUAAGAACAUUAGAUCUACAUUCUAACAAUAUAAGAGACUUUGUCGAUGGCAUGGAGAAUCUCGAACUAACAUCACUGAAUAUUUCGUCGAACGCAUUUGGUAAUUCUAGCUUGGAAAACUCAUUUUAUCAUAACAUGUCGUAUGGGUCAAAGUUGUCCAAGAGCUUAAUGUUUUUUAUAGCUGCAGACAAUCAAUUCGAUGACGCCAUGUGGCCACUUUUCAACUGCUUUGUCAAUCUGAAAGUGCUAAAUCUUUCCUACAACAAUUUUUCGGAUGUAUCGCAUAUGAAACUUGAAAGUAUUACCGAAUUGUACCUCUCCGGUAACAAGCUUACAACAUUAUCAGGUGAUACGGUUUUGAAAUGGAGCUGUUUGAAAACCUUGAUGUUGAAUAGCAAUCAAAUGUUGUCUCUACCUGCUGAAUUAUCAAAUCUGUCGCAACUGAGCGUAUUUGAUGUUGGAGCUAAUCAACUUAAGUAUAAUAUAUCGAACUAUCAUUACGACUGGAAUUGGAAGAAUAAUAAAGAACUGAAGUACCUGAACUUCUCAGGAAAUCGUAGGUUUGAAAUCAAAUCAUUUAUAAGCCACGAUAUUGAUGCUGAUCUGUCAGAUCUAACCGUGUUACCUCAGUUAAAGGUACUAGGUUUGAUGGAUGUUACUUUAAACACUACCAAAGUUCCAGAUGAAAGCGUAAAUUUCCGUUUAAGAACGACUGCAUCGAUCAUUAAUGGUAUGCGCUAUGGUGUUGCUGAUACUUUAGGUCAGAGAGAUUAUGUCUCAUCUCGUGAUGUUACUUUUGAAAGGUUUCGAGGCAAUGACGACGAGUGCUUACUAUGUCUUCAUGAUAGCAAGAAUCAAAAUGCCGAUUACGGCCAUAAUAUUUCGAGAAUUGUUAGAGAUAUCUAUGAUAAAAUAUUGAUUAGACAAUUAGAAAGAUACGGAGACGACACAGACGACCAUAUAAAAACCGCUCUUCGUUUCAGUUUCCUGCAACUAAAUAAGGAGAUCAAUGGGAUGCUAAAUUCUGUUGAUAAUGGUGCUGAUGUCGCUAAUCUUUCAUAUGCAGAUUUGUUAAGUGGUGCUUGCUCCACUGUGAUAUAUAUCAGAGGUAAAAGGCUUUUUGCUACAAACCUAGGCGAUUGUAUGGCAAUUUUAUCAAAAAAUAAUGGUGAUUACCUAACGCUGACCAAACAGCAUCUACCAACGAGAAGAGAAGAAUACGAGAGAAUCAGGAUAUCUGGUGGGUAUGUCAAUAAUGGAAAAUUAGAUGGUGUUGUAGAUGUAUCUAGAGCAGUCGGUUUUUUUGACUUGCUUCCUCACAUUCACGCUUCUCCCGAUAUUUCUGUCGUGACCUUGACAAAAGCAGAUGAAAUGCUAAUUGUUGCCACACAUAAGCUAUGGGAAUACAUGGACGUAGAUACAGUCUGUGAUAUCGCGCGUGAGAAUAGUACUGAUCCACUUCGCGCAGCAGCAGAGUUGAAGGACCAUGCCAUGGCUUAUGGUUGUACAGAGAACAUUACAAUUUUAUGCCUUGCUCUUUACGAGAACGUCCAGCAGCAAAACCGAUUCACCCUGAAUAAAAACUCUUUGAUGACGAGAAGAAGUACAUUUGAAGAUACUACAUUAAGAAGACUUCAACCUGAAAUUUCUCCACCAACAGGUAACCUAGCUAUGGUAUUCACUGAUAUAAAAAGCUCAACCUUUUUGUGGGAAUUAUUUCCAAAUGCAAUGAGGACCGCAAUUAAAACUCACAAUGAUAUAAUGCGUCGUCAGCUGCGGAUUUACGGUGGUUACGAAGUAAAGACAGAAGGUGACGCUUUUAUGGUGGCAUUUCCUACACCAACUAGUGGCCUUACAUGGUGUUUAAGUGUCCAAUUAAAGCUUUUGGAUGCACAAUGGCCAGAAGAGAUUACCUCAGUUCAAGACGGCUGCCAGGUUACGGAUAGAAACGGCAAUAUUAUCUAUCAAGGUUUAUCAGUCAGAAUGGGUAUCCAUUGGGGCUGCCCAGUUCCAGAACUUGAUUUAGUGACCCAAAGAAUGGACUAUUUGGGACCAAUGGUUAAUAAAGCAGCGAGAGUUCAGGGUGUCGCUGACGGGGGCCAGAUAGCAAUGAGUAGUGAUUUUUAUUCUGAAUUCAACAAGAUAAUGAAGUUUCACGAGCGUGUAGUAAAGGGUAAAGAAUCGCUAAAGGAAGUAUAUUGCGAGGAGAUCAUUGGAGAGGUCCUCGAAAGGGAAAUCGCAAUGCUGGAAAGCAUUGGCUGGGCAUUUUUCGACUUUGGUGAACACAAACUGAAGGGCCUAGAAACCAAAGAACUUGUUACUAUCGCAUAUCCCAAGAUCCUUGCCUCCAGGCAUGAGUUUGCAUCUGAAGAUGAACAGUCAAAACUAAUCAACGAGACAAUGUUGUUUCGUUUAAGAGUUGUUUCAAAUAGACUAGAAUCCGUAAUGUCGGCUUUAAGUGGUGGCUUCAUUGAACUAGACUCUCGAACGGAAGGAAGUUAUAUCAAAUUUAACCCCAAGGUGGAAAAUGGCAUUAUGCAGUCGAUUUCAGAGAAGGACGCGUUGUUAUUUUUUGAUCACGUAAUCACUAGAAUUGAAUCUAGUGUGGCGUUAUUACACCUACGGCAACAGAGAUCUUCAGGAUUGGAAAUUUGUAGAAAUGAUAGGUCAUCCACUCAAAGCAAUAUUUUCAAUAUUGUCGAUGAGCUUCUGGAAAUGUUCAAGGAAACAAAGGAUUUAUCAGCCUGA